GUGAGAGGCAAACACAAAGAACCUCCAACUUUUGUUCUUGUCUAAUUUGUUUUUAAAUCAAGUAUUGGUCUUUCCCUCUCUUCUCCCAAACCAGUCAGCGCUCGUUUCCAUGUGUUAGCUCUAGAAUUUGAAAAAAAAUUUAUAGUUUAGACGGUUUUUCAUAAAUAAAUUCCCACGUGCACUGCUUUUUCCCUUACGCACCAACAAACACUCGCAGUUUCACUUUACUGGCACAGACUUGCAUGGCCUCAUGACGGGGGGCAACCGGGGUCAGUGUAUCUUUUGGUCAUUGGAUUUUCUUUUGAUGAAUGGGAAUUAAAAAUCAAAAAUCAUUGGUUUAUUCUAUUUUCGUUUUGAAAUACAAAAAAUAAAAUUGAAACACAAAGUGUUCUUGUUUUUGAGUGUCAAAGAACAAUUAACUAAAUUUUAGAAACAGUUUGAUUGUCAUGUUCUAUGUCACAUAACAAAAAAUAAAAUCAGCAGUCAACAGCAGUCAACAGAAACAAAUAAACAGACCAAAAACACUUCUUUUCUUUUUUUUUUUAUACUUCUGUACGCAUAUCAGACGAAAGUGGGGGCAGAAGAGGAUUUUCUGCAACAAGUUUGAGGAGAUAUUAAGCUGAAAAUGGCAGAAGCUUGAGUCCCCAACGUAUAUCUGAGGUGGCAAAAAUUAUAACCAAAGUAUGAACCUUCUAUAUCUCCCCUUUUCCCUUCUUCUACUCUGUAUGUUGUGAGUGUGCAUGUGUGCGUGUGAAGACUUUGUCCCCUGCCGAUAGGGGGGACAAACAGGUCUGUUGUCCGGGCCCAGGGCAUUAAAUUAUGGAAUACUGUUUCAAAAUAGGCCUCCAGCACCUCUUAAACCCGUCAGAAAACCAGUCCCAGGUUAUCAACGCAGUCCUGAAUGUUUGUCCCUUUGAAGCAGUUCUGUGGUUAACCGGGGAGAGGCAGCAAUGUGCCACAAGGCAUCUAGCCUGCCGGAAAUGGAAGAGAAGAAGAAGAAGAAGGGAACAAGAAAUACACUGGAUAAACGGCCCUGCUGUUACCUCGUUUGUUCUUUCGUCUGGUCGGAUGGUAGUGCUCACACCAUUACUUGGACAUUUUACUGCUUUGGAAAACAUACAACGGCUGGAAUAUAAAUUAUUGAUCAAAACGUGUUAACAGAUAUGGCUAGCCAACAGGAGGUGCUCGGGCAUAUUGCAGACACCUUUGACGCAUUGGCAAAUGAGCUGCAAAUGCCCCAAGCUGAGACUGAUCAUGUUCUCAUCACCUUGGAGAGCAUCAGCGAUGUCUUGGCGGUUUUAGCUGCUGCCGGGGAAUUGAGGAUGCCUAAUGAGGAGCGUGUGUUCUCUCUUUUGCACAUGGCAAUUGAGGUUGACGAUAUCGCUAGAAUUUUUAGCGUGAGCAAAAGAACAAUUCGAAGGAGAAUGACAGAAUAUGGACUCUCUGUGCGACAGACUUAUUCUGAUAUCACAGAUGAAGAACUUGGGCAAGUGAUUUCAGAAUACAUUUCCCAUUGCCCAAACGCUGGAGUAAGGACUGUGACUGGGCAUCUCAAUUCUAAAGGAAUCAGAGUCCAGCAGUACAGGGUGCGCCAGUGUUUGAAAGCAGUUGAUCCUGUUGGCAAUUUUCUUCGCGGGCUUCAACUUAACAUCACUCCUAGGGUCCCAUACUCUGUUCCGGGUCCCCUGUCUCUCUGGCACAUCGACGGCAACCAUAAAUUAAUCCGCUGGAGAAUUGUGAUACACGGAGGCAUUGACGGGUAUAGCCAACGCAUUAUGUAUCUUACAGCUAAUGCAAACAACAGGGCAUCAACAGUUCUCCAGUGUUUUCUAACAGCAGUGAAUAAGCAUGGUUUGCCCCACCGUGUCAGAAGUGACAAGGGAGGUGAAAAUGUUGAUGUUGCUCGAUACAUGUUGGAACAUCCACAACGUGGACCUGAGAGAAGAAGCCACAUAACAGGGAAAAGUGUUCACAACCAAAGAAUAGAAAGGCUGUGGCGUGAUGUGUGGUGCAUGGUUGUCUGCAACUACUACACCAUCUUCAGGCAUCUCGAAGAUCUUGGUCUACUGGAUCCAGAUCAAGAUCUUCACGUGAUCUGUCUGCACUAUGUCUUUCUGACAAGACUCAACUGGCAUCUUCACGAGUUCAUGCGGAUGUGGGACAAGCAUCCUCUUUCCACAGAGGGAAAUAGGUCCCCAGAGCAAUUAUGGGUGGCUGGCCUGCUAUUGGGCAAUCAACAGAAUCCAGAGCAGAUUGAUGCGACAACCUGGGGCAUUGACUGGGAAGGACCUGUUGGAACCCCAGACCCAGAGGCUGCGGUUGAGGUUCCACUAGCUCCCCAGAAUAUGCAGCAGACAGUCGAGGGACAUUUGAGGCUCCACAUCCACCCUUUUUUGACCAGUGAGGAGUUUGGUGUGGAAAUUUACAGGCAGGCCUUGUCAAUGGCCCAAGACUUUGUUGCUGCGCAAAAUUAAAACCUGUGACCAACUAGUCGGACAAUCUCUGUCACCUUUUAUGACCUGGCUCCUUUUUUACAAGGGUGUCAUACAAUAGCGCCUUAAACCAUGGUCGUUUUUAUGCCAUCUUAGCUCUUUUUAGACAGAAAAAACCAUAAGUGCCACAACCCCCCACUCCUUGUGUGUGGGUUUUUUGUUUGUUUGUUUGUUUUUUUGGUUACCUUGCUGGAAUUGUACAGGUGUAAGAGCCUCAAUGUAGGCGAUCUUUAAAGAUCGAUGAUGAUUUUUGAGUACUGCAUCUCAUUCUAUGCUGUUCUUUUUUGCCGGUCUGUAUUUCUGUUUGGAUAAGCUGACUGUGACAGAUAGGGUAAGCGUACCUAUUAAGCCCACGUACCAUAUAAGCCCACUUGUGACUUCUGAGUCAAUUAAAAAAAAAACUACAUCACCAUUUUUGCUGGUUCAUGGUUCUUCCAAUGAAGCUGCUUGUUACAUAAAUUAUACUUUUGAUUGUAAGCCAAUCAGUUUUGUCGAUCUUGAGUUAUCGAAGCACAUGUGUGACAUGUGCCUGCUGCUCCCAGAAGAAGUAGCAAAAAACUUCAGUGAUUUUGAUGCCCUGAAAAAACAUUUUUUCCAUAUUUCUACUCCUGCUUUUGCUAAGUACUCAUUUGUUAUCAAAAUUUAAGAGAUUAGUGCUUUAAAUAAAACAUAUGUUAGAAUUUUACUAGAAUUAGAAAUAUUUUUUCUUUUGAAGUCAAAAUAUGUGUUUUAGCAUGCUAGCCAACAGCCCACAUGCUGCAUCAAUACAGUCACUGCAUAGCAUUGUUCAUUGCAAUGACAUAAAGCAUGAUAAGCAUGUGUAGUUUACAUUUUUGUAGGCAGAAUAUCCUAUUAUACUGUUAAAUAGAUAAUACAUGUGUAUAUUUAUCUUUAUUUAUUUUUUAAUUAACAUUUUUACCAAGUGGGCUUAAAGGGGACACUAGCAAAAAAAACACACCAUUUAGGGUGGAUGUAAAUGAGUAUAGCUAAUUACUUAAAUGCAUGAUCAAUUGAUACUUUUCAUGUUAUGUUAGUGCAGCAUAUAUAGAUUCAUGUCAUGUAGUUGUUUUUUUAUGUCAUAUGUGUAGAAUAAAAUAUUCUGACUUUUAACCAGAAAUUCACUGAUGUUCCCUUUAAGCCCACCUGCUCCCAUUAAGCCCACUUAGCUGUGUUUCAAUGGAGAUUUUAUCCCUUUUGACUUUUGAACCAUUUUCCUGCCUAACAUUGACCUCACCUAAUCAAUCAGCUUCAUAAUUCAGAUAAUUAAAUACCCAAAUUUAAAUAUCAGUGAUGUUGCAUAGGUCAAUUCAUUCUGUUUACCUGUUUAUGUUUUAAAAAAAAAUUAAAGUUAUUUGUUUAAUUGUAAAUAC